CACGCAACAGUUUCCUUUAAAUACAGUUAAUUACAUUUUGUUAAAGACGUACAGCUGUCAAUUUCCAAAAUAAUACCACCAAAUCAUGGAGAGUUAACCAAAAAUUCAAAAGUAGAUUGUAUAGUCUUUAUCUUCGUCCAAAUUUGGGUAAUACUUUUUAAAGUACAAAUAUGGAACAAUCAGCUUUAAAUAAGGCCCACAUUCAAUACAGACGAGCUGAAAAUUAUUUACGUUAUAGAAGAUUUGAGGAGGCAAUUGAAUGUCAUUCUAUAGCUGCUGAAUUAUUGCAAGAUGCCCUUUCGUUAACUGAAAAUCCGCGCUCGUUGGAAUCUUUAAAGUUACAAAGAGAUUAUCAUCUGCGUCAAAAGCAAAUAGUCUUAGUUAAAAAGGAGCAGUUUGAAAAUUAUAAAAAAGCGAUCGAAAAUCAAAGACAACGAAUGCAGUGUCAUUCGAACGCUGGCUUCGAAGAUAAUUUCGAUCAAGGCAGUACCUCUUUACAAGUUGCUAUUUAUAGAACAAUGGAAGAAGCGGACUCCUUAUUAAAUUUAUUAAUUAAGAAAAACAGCGGAGCUAAUAGUGACAGUGAAAGUGUUAAGAGUUUCUCAACCGAUACCGACGAAAGACUUUUGUCCAUUGACACUAUCGACAGCUCAAAUUCUAAUGCUGUUGUCGGCAGUAAACAUCCAAAGGACGAUAGUAUUGUAAUAGAAGAAUUACGAAUAUUAAAUGGUCAAUUACAUGCGUUAGUUUAUAAACUUGUCACACAAUUAGACGCAAGCACUCGAGAGGUAGACAUGUUAAAGGAACAAAUUCGACAACUAGAGAGUGAAAAAGUAAAAGUCCCCAAUAAAAGCUCAAACUCCAAUUUGAGGGUUACCACAACAGAUUCAUCUGGUGGCACAUCUCCUUACGUUUUCACACCAUGCAGUGAAUUAAGCCCAGACAUAAACGAUUCGAAAUUUUUACCUGUACUUUCACCCCUUGAACUCCCCAAUUUUAAUUUAUCAACUUUUGUUAAGAAAAAUUUAAAUCAAAAUAUUAAUUCGAGCACAUAAUUGUAAGUUGAUGAUUGUAAAUAUGUAUAUUUAUAGGUACCAAAUUUGUGUUCUACAAAUCAAAUAUUGAUAUUUAGGUUUUAUGUGUAAACAACGUAAGGCUUAUUUUUGAUGCUUUUUUGCUUGUUUUAAAAUAUACUAACAGUUAAAUAAAUGAACCAUUGUUUAAAUUAAAACUUAUCAAGUUUGCUAACCUUUAUUGUCCAAAUUGUAGUUUACAGCUGCAAACACAGGUUUACAUAACAGUGCUUUUCUCUAAUCAGGGUCAAAGGCAGCUCAACUGUAGAAUUGGUGGUAAUGUACCAAAUCACAAGGUAUUCAGCUGCAUUUGUAAAUGAGGAAGAAUUUAGAAUGGAAGCUGAACUAAAUCACAAAAGAAUUGAUAUCUUUAUCAUCUUUCAUACAAUUGAGGUAUCUGAGAUCCAUUACUUCUGACCGAGCUUCUGACCAUCACUGUACCUGUCACAACCUUAAAAAUGACGAUCUCUAGCAGUCUGUCCCUGUACUUCUUAAGAGCUAUGUCCCUUGUAUUAAUAAUUAAUGUGGAGGUGCAAUUUACAAAAUAAAGUCUUCAUUAUUUGUUUAUACCUACUUCUGGUGAUGUGGUUAACUUUGAGAUAAUU